GUUUAUAAAUAAUCAAUUCCAUUAUUUACUUGGUUCACUAGUUGACAUUCGAGUCGAGAUACUCAUUGUUAGAUGACUCUUGAUCAAUACAUGUGUACGAUAUGUAAAUUGAUUUGUUACUAUUUGCCUGUUUCAGAUCAUAUUACUUUAUGAUAAUAUUAACAGACGAUGCCUUGCACUCGAAGUGUACGAUCUUCUGCGAUUAUUAGAACUCUGGAUAUCCCUGAUGAAGAUCCUCCAGCAUACGAUAGGAUAUACCAGCAAAUGCCAGUGGAUGCUAUUCAAUACUCUGUCGAUGUAACUCAAAUAACAACGAUAUUGCCUACCUCUCCUAGAACUUGUCAACGGCAGGUUAACCUUCCUGUAACGGCAGUAACAGAUCGGGCACUCCGCCAGGCGGACGAACUACCUCCCUCAUACGCAGAAGUAAUUGCCAACACUACUGCAUUGCCACAAACACCUGUGUUUGAUAUAAGCACAAAUAUAUCGUUCCCGGAGGUAUUAUCGGCGGCCCAGUGUUUUGACGAACCAGCCGAUGGUGUCUGUCCAUAUUGUAUGAACCCAAUUACCACAGAAGUCACAUACAGACCCGGAAAAUUAUCAUGUUGGAUGUAUGUAAUCGUCUGCCUCAUCAUAGGUCCUAUACUCGCUUUAUUCAUUUGUUUCAUGAAUCAACUACAAAAUGCUUGGCAUACUUGUCCCAAAUGUAAGAAGACAAUCCAUAUUUACAAACGUGAAAUCAGUGUUACGAAACGAUAGCAACGCAAAAUCAACUCCACGAAAAAAAUGAGCUGGAGCACGCCAAGUGAAAGUGCACGAAAGAACUCCGCCAUCAAUUUUCAACAACGAUAUUUGUUUCCACAUUAUGCCUGGAACAAAACUGUUUGUGGUGAAUCCCUGAAACCCAACUAUGAAUGAUUUAUCACGUUUGAAUCUGCAAAAAACAAUUGGAGCAAUACGGCUGCUGUUUAUUUGGUACCAAUUAGAAAUAAAUGCAAUCUGAAAGUACUAUUUUGUUAAUUUAUUUUUCUCAUCGUGUACUUCUAGACUAAGCUACUUUUAAUUAUUUUUUCAAAAAUAAAAAUAUUGACAAUAAAUUCAAAUAAAUUUACAAAAAACUGUA